UCAGGGACAGGGGGUUACACGAAUCUGGAAAGCAAGUGUGGGAAGUGGAAAUGGAUCAUGGAUUUAGAUGAAUGUUGACAUUCGUGUUGAUCCAGUAGCGUUCGACCUAUAUUUCUAGAGUUGACAUUGACAGUUUAACAAAUAUGGCCUUCAGGUUUAAUUGCAGAAAUAGUGGCGACUAAAACUCAACGACUAAAUGAAGAUGUAAGCAACUAUUGAACCAUGAGAGAAUAAGUAUUAUUUUUUGUAACUUGUUACCCAAAUGUGAUGUAUUAUAAUUAUUUAUUAACGAGUUCAUUAGAACUUGGAAAUGUGUAGUGAUAUACAUAAUUCUGUGCUCCUAAGCACUUUCUACAGUGGUAAAAAGAAACUGAGAAUAAUUUUUCACAAAGGAAAUAUUGUCUGGGACAAUGAGAAGCCUCCAUCUGAACAAUACACUUUACCAAUUGAAAACAUUAUAGCCGUUCAACACAAUUAUUUAAGGAAUACCCAUCCAUCAGAAAACAAACAAAUAGAUCCCAAUUCGUUUACCAUUCACUAUUCAGAAAGAGGAAAAUAUGCUAAAUGGGUUUAUAAAAAUGUGUCGCUAAAACAUUCAGACCCUUUACAAGUAUCAACAUGGAUUAAAACAUUACAAAAUUAUUUACAACGUUUAAAAAAAAGGCCAAAGCAUUUAUUAUUAUUUGUAAAUCCAUUUGGUGGAAAGAGAAAUGCUUUGCAGAUAUAUGAAAAAUAUGGAAAACAUUUAUUCAUUGUCGCUGGUAUAGAAGUUACAGUAAAUAUUUCCCAGAGGAAGGAUCAGAUUAAGGAUUAUAUUGUUAAUCACAACUUAGAUAUGUUUGAUUCUGUAGCUUGUGUUGGUGGCGAUGGUACUCUUUCUGAGUUAUUUAAUGGACUAGUUUUACGUGAAUGUCGAUUAAGAGGUAUAGAUGCUGAUGAUAUAAACCAAAACUUGCCAAAGCCCAAAAUACCAGUUGGUGUAAUACCAGGUGGUAGUACUGAUACUAUAGCUUACUGUAUCCAUGGUACUACUGAUCCAACAACAGCAGUGUUACAUAUAAUAUUUGGAGAUUCUCUGGGUUUAGAUUUAGUCUCUGUUUAUGAUGAGCAUAGCCUACUGCGAUUAUAUGCUAGUGUAUUAAGUUAUGGCUACCUAGGAGAUGUAGCUUACAACAGUGAUCAGUAUCGUUGGAUGGGACCUCGACGAUACGAUUAUUCAGGUUUCAAAAAGUUGGUGCGAAAUAAAGGUUACCAGGGAGAAAUUGCCGUCUACUCAGAAUCAGAAAGUGUUGAGGAGACUACCUGCAGAGAAAAUUGUGAAAGAUGUGAACUAAAUAAGAAAACAGAAUGUGAUAAAUUAGGUUGUAAGUGGCAGACACUGUCAGGGAAAUUUUUUAUGGUGAGUGGUGCCAAUAUUAGUUGCGCCUGCAGUCGCAGUCCCAAAGGUAUAGCACCCUACAGCCAUCUGGGUGACGGCAUGGUUCAUUUGGUUCUAGUAAAACAUACUACUGUAUUAAAUAAUUUAAGGUUAUUAUUAAGACUUUCAAGUGCAGAUUCAACCGUUGAGGACUUGCCGUUUGUGGAAACAGUCAGCGCUCGGGAGUUCUGCUUCCGGGCUGUAGGGGGGCAUAGCAGGUGGAACUGUGAUGGAGAAGUUCAGCAUCAGACAAACAUUCGUGCGAAGGUGCGUUGUCAAUUGCUCACAAUUUUUAGUCGUGGUAGUCCAAGGUAUGCUCCUCCCAAAUCAACCUGCUGUGGAUUCUGAGCCUUAUUGCCCAUAUUUUUAGUAUUUAACUCAGUAUUUAUUUCAACUUUAUUAUGAGAAAUCUAAGUAUUAUUACUUGCUCAUACUUUAGUAUGGAAACUGUGAGGGAAAAAUCUUGGACAUGGUUUACUGUUAAGUCAUUCCUGUUUUCUUGGAUGUUGUUAAUUUAUACUGUUAACUAUUUUUUAUUAAUUACUGUAUAAAGGCCGUCUAUACUUAAUAUUUGCUCUAUAUGUUAUAGACUGAUGCUCAUUCCAAGUAUGGCUAAUAAAAAUUUUAUUUUAAUGAUA